UUUUUUCCUGUCGCAUCCAACAAAGCCACUCCUCAAGAUGGUGCUGACACUAGGCUUAUGGUCGAAGCUCGGACGUUUGAGCCACUAUGCCUUUGACGCUGUCCUGCUUUCGGCAUUCCUCGCUGGAAUGAAGCGAUCGACCGGUCUGACUUUCAAAACCGACAAGGUCGCUGGCGAAAACAAGGAGGUUGGAAAAUGGGUUGACAAGUAUCUCGGCGUCGGCGAAUGGGUGAUGGACCAGUCUGUCGCCAUUGCUGGUUCGAGCGGCUGGUUCGACAGGACCCGAUAAAUGGUGGAUGGCAGAGAACGUUGCGAGCCUUGGUACAUCGAGGGCGAUACCAUCCUUCACAGCUGAAGAGUGAGGAUCGAAAUCAUUAUUCUUGUCCAAGGAGGCGUGCUGAUUGGAAAUCGGUUAUUUCCCGGCUGGAGGAGGGGAUCGUGGCGCCAUGACACGAGCAUUGGCGGUUUCUACCCCACGUAUAUAUAUCUCUUGGACAGAAUGGCCAGUCGUUAUGUUUGUCGAAGAGAGGAAGCAGAGAAGGUGUUUCUGAGUUUGGCUAGUUUUGGCCGGCUCAAGUGCUGAUCGGCCUCCUCAUAUCCGGCAGUGGAUGCCAGUAGCCAGGCUGGGUCGGGAGGGGGAUGGAUCUUUAGAGGACUGGGCGUUCAGGAGCGGUUCUGAUGACCGCGGGAUACACACCUGUUUCUUUUGCAUUUUUGUGCUUUUCGAUAGGGUUUUGAAUCAGGAAUAACUGCACUUUGAUACCCUGGGACUUUCCAAGGGUUCUCGCAGCAGUUUUCGUGG